AUGUUCGCGUCGAAACUGGGAGAGCUGGGAAUGUUUGCUCCGAGUCCAGAUUCCGGGAUACUCAAUGCAUUCCCAUUGUCUGUAAAACGUAAACUCAUCUUGGAAAUUACGCAGUGUUUGCUACCUCGUAGCUCACCACUUGGUGAUCCAGGUGCCAUUUUAACCUCUGCUACCCAUGUUAAUUGGAUGAUGGAGGUCAUUGGUCAGGGAUUUUCGCUACCUAUCGAAGAUGUGAUUGUAAUACAGGAUGCCAUCAAUGUGUAUCACUCGUGGCUUCUUGAAAAAUCAACACGACCUGCCAUUAUCCAACAAUGUGGUGACAGCAGCGAUCUUGCUCAAGGAUUCUUUCAGACGAUAUUCAAACACUACUCGCUCAUGUUUGUGCCAAGAGUUGGAAACAGUGUUCAAUCAAUCAAUCUGCAGCAAUCAAUAUCCACCAAUUCCAAAAUAUCAGAUUUAGAAGAGUGUGCUGAUAACACCGCAGCGCAUAUUGAGCUCUGCAGAAAGGUGUUGUCUAUUUUAUUGGCAGCAUCAAAAACAUUGGCAAAUACAUUUACAACAGAAACAUGGGUAGUUCUUGUCAAGGUAUUGUUGGGAAUCAGCGACAUUAUUCUAACGCAGCCCAUCAGUACUCGAACACCGAUCGGCGUUCUUUCAACACCCAGCACACCAGGAAAUUUAAAGUCGUCCAAAUCCGUCGCUACACCUUUGUUGGAUGAUAUUGAACCGUAUUGCAGCAGACCAGUGAUGGCAGACAAAAUUUGCGAACCCAUGAUCAAAACAUUGCUGGAAAUAUGGCUUAGGUCAGGAAUUUUAUCAGUAGAAAUGUGGGAUCGUCUCAAAAAGCACUUUGUGACAUGGACACAUCGAAUAGAAGUGAUUCAUCAUUGGAGCGCAGUUAUUUAUGGACUCACACAAAAUGUUGUAAAGUAUAUAUUUGACGAGUCUAAACUGCAGUCCACCGUCACGAUUGCGUUGCAUAAUGGAGGAAACAUCUCCAUUGAUUUCACAAGUGAUUUCCUGGUAUAUUCCUGGCACCGUACAAUCUACAUGAUUGGAAAUCCAUGCGCACUGAGCUGCCGAAACUUUGUUGUCGCCAUCACGGGUCUUUCAAAAUCAAUAUCAUUGUUGUAUUCUAUAGAUGCUGGAUCAAAUGGCAUGGUUGAUGGAAACACGAUCUUGAACAUGUUUGGCGAGUGGCUUUUUCAAGCAGCCAUGAUGCACGAAGUCGGAUUUGAAGAAGGACGGGCUGAAGCGCUUGGAACACUAUGUCGUAUAUUUUCAAAGUAUCAGAAAACCACCAAAUUCCUUGCAGUCUAUCUGGAGCACUUUUACAAUGCUCUGCAUUUGGGACUCCAAGCAGACAUUCUAUCACUUACUAAGAUAAUCGUUAACAGUAGUGAGCUGUUUGUCAUGGAACUUGAAGGCAUUCGCUCAUUGAUACCUACAUUUGUUUUGUCAUUAUAUCGAGUUCUUCCGUUGGUUGAUGAAAGUAGGCCGCUUCAAACCCCACCCAGUUCAGUCGCUCCCGAAACGCUACGUCGAUCAGCAUACAAAUUAAUUGGCUCGAUCAUGGCCUUGCUGAAUCGAUUUGGAUCUGUAAAUUUACAUUUGGCACAAACAAGCACCAUCACAUCGAGUACUCCAUACUUUACCAGUGCUAUAAGCUCAAUGGUGUGGACAGCUUAUCAGUGCACACCAGACAAUCCAGCAUGCGUGAUUCCUCAAACUGAUGCAUGCAAUCCAGGUUCAGCUACGUUUUCAUCGCUACAACCCCAUGUGCUCAACUUGUUGGUGAAUUCAGUGGCAGUGGAAAUGAAUCCAAACAAUGUUCGUUAUGUGAUCCAUCUGACUGCAUGCUACAUUGUAGAGAAUGCAGACUUUUGUCCUAGUGCUGUAAAGAUUGUGUUGCGCGUAAUACAGGACAAGCUGUUGAUGUCUGAUCAUUGGACAAGCGUUGUUGUCAUGUCUGUUAUAGACUGCCUCAAUCAAUUUGCCGCACUCUGGGAGCAUGUGUUUAGAGAUGAAAAGGAAACUGAGGUGUGUAUUAGUCGGGCAUAUGACACACUGGCACGAUGGGCAAUAUUGGGAGAUUGGUUGGUGAAUGAUUAUGAAACCCAACGAGUGAUACUGUCUACUUUGGCACGGGGAGUCGCUCUUUUAGAUCGUACCAUGGAGUUUUCACAGGUCACAUCAACGAAUGUUGCAACUGCGUCAACUAUAAUUUCUGCUAGCAGUCUUGCUGUUUCUAAUCCUGCUCUUGUAUCGCUGCAUGGCCCAUCGCGUGAGGUGCUUGCUGGUAGUCACCCAGCAGUUCAAGCAGCAUGUGACAAACCGGUAUCACUGCAAGGCGGAUUAAAUAUCAGUACUUCACAAACAUUUUUCAAUACAAGCAUACCUAGUGGCGGAACUACUUUUGGAAAAAAAACUGCGAUUGCAAUCCGAGCAUCUAGUAGUCAUACCAACAAAUUGUUUAAACUACAGCGACUAUCGCAGAAUGCUGGAGGUGCUGGAGGUGUGAGUACUGGGUCUAAAGACGGAGGUAUUGGUUUACCUACAUUUGCAACAGUUUCUGCAGAGAUUCGACUUAAAAAUGCAGCCGAGUCUGCCAUAGACACAUUGUUGGGACUUUUGGGAAACUUUCCACCAAAGUCAUCGUGCAUGGGGAUUACCAAGCUCGGGUCCACAUGGGAUGAAAUCAAAGAGGUGCAGCGACUAUCUCAAAAACAAAAACUUCAAAACCAUGCACAUGACUCGGAGGAUACAACUCUGAUUGAUAAGCGUUACAUUCGCUAUUAUUCAUAUGAAAACAGGCUGAUUUUUGGAUUUAUUGAAAGGCCGGUUUGGGCGUUUGCCAAAACCGAUCAAACGGCUUCCAAAGAGCUUUAUCCCACGGUAUCUACAGGAAAUCUGAUUGAUAUUGAUGAAAAUCCUCCACAAACCCAACGUAGCGACUAUGAUGAAGCACUCGCGAUUGCCAUGGUUAUUCGCGACUCGAGCGGUAAAUUUUCAUGGUGGAGCAAGUCUAAAUACGAAGACAACAGUAGCAACAACCCCGAGUACAACACUAAUGAAUCAGUGGAGCAGAAUACAUUGACUUCAUUCUUGGGAAAUGGCUCCAUGUCGCCUAUAGAUUGCAUCCAAACCUCAUCAGCAACAACUACGUCCAUGCAAGUCAGUUUGGUUGAUGCCGAGAUUGUGUAUGCAAAACGAUUGUCGCUGGACAACACGAAUUGUUGCACUAGUCUUCCUAUUCGGCCUUACAAAAAAUCGCUUCCUCAACUAUACCCAUAUCAACCCCAAAACUCGAGUACUGUACAGGUUCAAGUAUUUACUGAAGACUCUAUUCCUCAUUUGAAUGAGCUCUGUACAACUACAAGUGAUACUAGCAAGCAGGAGGAGAUUCGGAUAUGCAUUGAAGCGCAGAAAAAUGCAGAACUUGAACAGCGAACUCAACUGCUCGAAAGUCUGGAUUUUACAAAAACAACUGAUGUUCAGCCGCCUACUAUAGUUGAUCGACGAAAUUCUGCUAAUAUACCACAAGCGUUUCGUAUUUUCCUGGCUGAAUUUGGGAUGCUUGAUUUGGGACAUCAAGCAAAAAUUGCACCACUACAGUUAUCGGAUAUGCUGAUUCGAGAUCUGGAGAAGCUGGAUAGACAGCCAGAACGAGAUAGCAUCAGUAUUAGUGUCAUGUACUGUCAAGCAGGAAAUGUCUCGCUUGAAACUAUUUUAUAUCCAGACCAUCUUCCUGAGUCAUUUGACGAGUUUUUAUGGAGUCUCGGAUGGCCAGUUGACAUCAAAUCGCACACUGGAUUCAAGGGCAAUUUGACUGCAAAUAUAUGUGAAACCGCGCCAUACUAUGCGAAUGGAAACGUAGAGGCUGUUUUCCAUUGUCCAUACCUUGUUCGAACGUCCGGAAAUACCGGAACCACAUUAUUCAGAAGGAAACCUACACAUACAGAAACCGAUACAAAGCCAUGCUCAGUCGCACCAUUAGGAUUACAUCGGGGGUCUAUACAGGGUCAAUCAACUGUUUCAUUGACACACUCUGUAUCGAGCUCAAGAUCGUUUCAAAAGCUGCCAUCUAUAAACUCUAUGAUACAUGAAUCUCCAGCAACAACUGCACCACCCUUACUUUCCAAUAUGGGUGUCCAUACACAUCAUCGCGCUCGUUUGCAUACCAUUGGUUCUGCAGAUAAUAUUUUUGGGAAAGGAUCUCUGACGCAUUUUAGCGAGCCUGCUGAUGUGGAUGAUCCAAUUGGCACUCAGGUAUAUGAAGAGUUUCAACCCCCACCAAUUGUCCGAUCUCGAACACGCUCACACACGGUGGGAAUGGCUCCACUUUCUGCAGAAGAACAAUUUAUAGCAUUAUGCCAACAGAUAUCACAAACGGACAGCGUAUAUAUUAUAUGGGUGGAAGACAAUGACAGUAUUCCAGCUUUGAUUUCAACUUUGGCACACACGGCAGUAGUAAUUAUAUUUGUAAAUCCAUUGCCAUUGACAAAUGGGUUGUUUUGGAUCCACAUUUCCUUGUCUGGCGGUACACACGAAGAUAUGCUUAAAUUUGGACCACUAUCAGACGGCAUGGUUGUAAGUCGUCAUGCACUUGGAAUGCUAUGCAGACACACGGCAUUUUCCGCGUAUCGGUACUGUAGAUAUAAUAAGAAUGUUUACAAAAGACCAACAUUGCUACGGAGACAACUCAUUGAAGAAAUUUGCAAUAGAAACAAGGCACAGACUGGAGGGUUUUUUGCAGAUUUGUUUACACAGUAGGUAGUUUUUGUGCCAAAAUGCAUCUGUUCAAUAAGAUUAAACGCGG